UCACUCUUCGGUUUCCCAAGAUAACCAGUCAUCCUGAACGACAUAUCGACGUUCAAUCAAUGAAGAGAUGGGUGAUGAAAAAGCUCAAUCGAAUUCAAUUAGAGAAGAACAAGAAGCAGAAUCAGCUAGAUCAGAAGAAAAUGAAGAAAUAAAAGAUGAAGAAAAUAAUUCUAAUUCACUGAAAUUUAAUGGGGACGAAAGUAUGCGAGCAAGUCCCGUACAAUCGGAUAGACGACAGUCUGCAAAAUCUGAUAUUAAAAUACAGCCCGAAGAAAAUGCACCAGCCGAAAUCGUAGCUGGUACAGUGCCGACAAGUGUAACUAGAGUAAAAACUGAAACAAGCAGCUCCAGUUCAUCAGUUAAAAAAUCAUUAUCAAAGUUAUCUAUGAGUAAAAAAAUCUAAGUCAACAACUACACUACAAUAAUAAUAACAACCACAACAAUCAAUGUCAUUGACAAGAACAAAAAUGCUUACAUCAGUCAAAGAUACAUAAAACGAAUCAAUAACAAAGAUCCAAAUAUGUUUGUGUCUUUUUAUUGCAAAAAUGAAAUGACCUGCGAUUUCGUUUUUCUGGUUGAUUUAUUAAACAAAAUGUGUUAAUAAUGUUUCUGUGUUUGAAAAAGUGAUUGUAACAUUUUUUUUUAUUGUUCACCUAAAUUAAUCUUUUCUUUUUUCCUAA